AUGCUGCCAGUCUCCGCAUCCGCCGACUGCAGUCUGCUCCCGGGCCUGCCCAAUGACGUCGCGCUCGCCUGUCUCGCGCGCCUGUCCCUCUGGGACCUGCCCGCCGCUCGCUGCGUGUCGCGCGCCUGGGCGGCUGCCAUUCGCCGCCGGUCGUUCGGCCGCCUGCGACGCGUCCGCGCAGAGGAAGGGGGGUGGCGCCGCCUGCCCCCGCUUCCCCCCACCAACCCCCACUCCCACCCAGCCUGCUACGGCGCCGUCGCCACGGUGAUACCCAGAACCGGGUUUGCAAUCGUGGGCGGCGCCGUGCCUUCCCAGUCAGGCAGGCCGCAGCACGUGCGCCACGUGUCAGUGUUUGACUGGCACAUGGGCGCGUGGUUUGACAUGCAGCAGCCGUGCAUGCUUCCUAGAUUGGACCCUGUGGUGGCUGGAACUGCAAUGGGUGGGGUGCGGUGGAAUGGGGGGCAGAGGGGUUGCCUCAUGGUUACAGGCCCUGGCAGCGGCAGGAGCAAUGGGCUGAACAGUGGCACGCUAUCAGAGGCAGGUGUGGUGGAGGCUGACUGGGAGAGCGCUGAGAUGUGGAGGGUGGUGGAGGAGUCUGACGCCAUCCAUGCCAUCUGGACCAGAACACACGUGGCACAGGUGAUUGUAGCAGCACAUGUGACUGGAGCAAAUACUGUAGCAGGUGUGACUGUGUCGGAUGUGCCUGCAGAGCCAGCAGCAGAAGCAGACGACUUAACGAGCGCAAACAGCAGCCGAGCCACCUACUCCGUGCUCUGCUCUCUGGACCCCAACCACUCUCUCCUCGUCUUCAACAACCUUCGCCGCAGAUGGGUCCCUGCUGGCCCUCCGCUUCCCCCAUGCUCCCCGCUUCGUCCGCCUCUUCCGCGUCCAUCCCCUCAGCGUCUCUGCCCGUGUGGCAGGGGCUCACAUGAGAGAUACUGUUCCACUCUACCCGGCACACCCACUGCACCGUCCAACUCCCACUCUGCUACCCCUGACCCAUGCCUUCCAGCCUCUGCCAGCGGUGCAGCCGCCGCUACCGCUGCUGCUGCUGCUGCCAUUCCUGGCAGCGCGGCCAGUUUUGCCAGUGCCGCCAAUUUCGGAAGGCUGCAGCAGCUUCUUGGGUGUGGCGGCCGUCUCGUGGCUCUCUUCCAGCCACACGACCCGCGCCUCCCAGGAGUGAUGCGAGAAAUCCUCCUCCCGGACCUCCACACUAUCUCCUCUCUCUCCGCCCUGCUCCCUCACACCUCCUCCUCCUCAUUCCCCUCCUCACUCCCCUUCUCUCAGCCUUCUCUCUCUGCCCCCACACAACCUCCCAUCACUGUCGGAUCCCCAGCAGCACAGGCGCAGGCUUCAGGGAGUGUGCCUGUAGCAGCAGCUAGAGAAUCGAUGCAGCUGAUGUAUGGUGAUAGUAUCGAGGGGCCAAGUGGCUGGGCAAUGGAUGCUCCAGUCGCCUUGCCUGGCAACGGAAGGUUGCAUCACGUGCUUUCCAUGCAUCCUGCCGUUUAG